AUGAACCAGGAGCAGGUGCGGAAGCAGAUCGAGAACAUGAAGGCCUUCAUCAUGAAGGAGGCCCAGGAGAAGCGGGAUGAAAUCUUGGCCAAGGCCGAUGAGGAAUUCUCGAUGGAGAAGGCCAGGCUCCUGCAGGCCGAGAGGAUGAAGAUCGCUAAGGAUUACGAGCGCAAGGAGAAGCAGCUCGAGACCAACAAGAAGAUUGCGUACUCGAACCAGCUGAACCAGGCCCGCCUGAAGGUGCUUAAGGCCCGCGAGGACAUCGUGGUCCACCUCAAGGAGCGCGCUCAGGACCGUCUUGCCGAGCUCGGCAAGCCCGGCCAGGAGUACGAGACUCUCCUCCAGCAGCUCAUCCUCCAGGCUCUCAUCAAGCUCGAUGAGACCAAGGUGAGCCUGAGGUGCAGGAAGGACGACGAAUCGUCGGUCAAGUCGGUGCUCUCCGCCGCCGUUGAGGCGUUCAAGCAGAAGUCCCACAAGAAGGACGUGAAGGUCACCAUCGACACCGUCAACUACCUCCCCGCCGGUCCUGGCAAGAGCAACUCGCUCGUCUCCUGCUGCGGUGGUGUGGUGCUGAGCGCCCACGACGGCAAGAUCGUGUGCGACAACACCCUCGACCAGCGCCUCGCCCUGGCCUUCGACGCCAACAUCCCCAAGAUCCGUUCGCUCGUCUUCUCCUCCUAA